AUGCCUCGCAGCAAUCGCUGGCGCAACAUUGAUCGUCUCCUUGGCCUCAACAGGCAUGGCAGCCACUCUGGCCGUCACUGGCUUCACGAGGAAGAGCGUGCCCUUCUUCCGCAUAUUCGCAAUGAGGACAUAGACUCUGCCAUUGCGCCGGCCGAAGUUACAAAAGUAUGCCUUCGGCUAAGGCACCUGGUCCAGGAGUGCGUGCCGUGCGAGAUGGAAGAAAGUCGAAUCACAGAAGCACACAGCCGCAUCAUCACGCCACACGUCGUUCGGGCUGCCAAGGAAGCAGGCGGUCAAGAGAACAAGGGUUGUGUGGUCUACUCUUUACUCGUCAAUCAACGCUGGUUCACGCAUGAAGCCAAUGUCGAGCUCUGGGAUGCCAGUCUGCACAACCUCCGCGCUGAAGCAUGCGGCGUUAUAGCAAAGGCUCUUAUCGAGGAAGAAGAGGACACUGCGUAUCUCCUACACUCCGUGCUACUGCGUCGAUACUCAUACAUUGCAAACGGCCUUCCAACCCCUCCCGUCAAUGUCAUUGAAAAAGCCGUUGACCUGCACGCCGUUCGAGUCAUUGGAUCUUCAGGAUACCAAAAAUGCAUCAGCUAUCUAUGGCGUGGUUGGCUGGUCCAAGACGAGAACGACCCGUCCGUCUUCGUGGAUUAUGAUAAAAAGGACGAUACUAGAUUCUUUGUUCAUAUGGACCCGGAUCGGAUGCGCAGCCCCAGAAACCAAAAUCUUGCCCAACUUUUGUUCUCGCUCAUCUAUCUUGCCCUCUUCACAAUUGCCAUCAAUACCGUCAACGCUAGUGGCGUCAUCGAUAUCGCUGAGGCAGCCUUGUACGCUUUUACGCUUGGAUAUGUCUGCGACGAACUGCUCAAGGUUUAUAAAGCCGGACCUCAGAUUCUGGGGUUUUGGAAUGCGUUUAAUGCAAUCCUAUAUGCGUUUUUGACGGCUUCUUUUAUAUUCCGCAUCAUUGGCUUGACCUUUGCAACCCAUACUGAUGGUCGGACGUACUACAGUACCCUGGGGUACAAUAUUCUAGCCUUUACUGCCCCCAUGUUUUGGUGCCGCCUCUUGCUCUACCUGGACAGCUUCAGGUUCUUUGGCGCAAUGCUCGUGGUUCUCAAAGUCAUGAUGAAGGAGUCUGUGAUAUUCUUCGCUCUUCUCAUUGUCAUAAUUAUCGGCUUCUUACAGGCUUUCAUCGGCCUUGAUCUUACCGACGACAACGUGGCAGAUGAUGUAGUGUUCAUCAUUGAGUCUAUGAUGAGAGCUAUUCUCGGGAGCCCAGAGUUUGAUGGCUUCGACAACUUCGGACCACCUUGGGGUGCUAUUCUUUACUACUGCUUUACAUUCAUCGUCAUGGUCAUUCUUCUCAAUAUUCUCAUUGCCCUCUACAACUCUGCUUAUGAGGAUAUCUAUGACAACGCUGAUGAUGAAUAUCUGGCUCUAUUCGCUCAAAAGACAAUGCAAUUUGUUCGGGCCCCAGAUGAGAAUGUCUAUAUUGCUCCAUUCAACUUGAUAGAGAUUUUAAUCUCGGCUCUAUUCGAAUGGUGGAUAAGCAAGAAGGCUUACGAGUUCAUCAAUGAUUGCGUGAUGGGCCUUUUGUAUUCUCCACUUCUCUUGAUCACAGCCUUCUUCGAGACUCGUACUGCGUACGCUAUCCGCCGCAAUCGGGCUCGUGGAGAAGAAGAUGACGACAUUAUUGAAGAGUGGGAGCAAUUGGCACACGAAAUUGAUUUUGGAGACGAAGGCUGGGCUAAGAAGUGCGAGGCUGUCAAACCCAACCUCGAGGAGGACCCAGCUGUCCUUGAGAUUAAGAAGCUCCGAGGCGAAAUCGCCCAGCUGAGGUCUAUGCUCUCUGAUAUUAGUGAUCAUGUGCAAUACCCGACCAGCCAGGAUACAAAAAUUGGAGAUGGCAGCACCCACGAUGAAUUCAAAGCCUCCUACUUUGAAUCUACCCAUGAGGAAAGCGACCCUGCUGGUAAAAAUGCAAAGGAUGCGGGACAUGAGCACGCAAGCACAUCGGGUGAUACAAGAGAGGAACCAGGCCAGAGCAGCUCCGGGCAGUUGAUUGAAACUACUGAAGAAUCUGCAAAGCCAGUCAAGCCGUCUGAGGAAUUGGCUCAGCUCACCGAGGAAACUACGCAUCCUUUUACACACUCAUCCGAGGCUGAACCAGAGGCUGAACCAGAGGCUGAACCAGAGGCUGAACCAGAGGCUGAACCAGAGGCUGAACCAGAGGCUGAACCAGAGGCUGAACCAGAGGCUGAACCAGAGGCUGAACCAGAGGCUGAACCAGAGGCUGAACCAGAGGCUGAACCAGAGGCUGAACCAGAGGCUGAACCGGAGGCUGAAGAAGAAACUCGAGAUGCACCACCCACCAACGAAUCCACAGCCCCGGAGGAUGUCCCCUUCAAGUCAUCAGAAUACAUCGCCUUUGAUUCCUCUGAAGAUGUUCCGUUCAAAACGCCUGAUGAUUUACCCUCUGAAGCCCCUGAAGCAAUGCCCUUCCAAGCUCCAGAAGGUGCUCCCCUUGAGGCUCCCGAGUACGUUCCAUAUAUGGCUCCUGAGGGUCUGCCGACAGAAACUCUUGAAGGCACAUCCUCCAAGGCCCCUGAAGUCGAACUUCCCAAAGCUUCUGAAGCUGUAUCAUCCAAGGCUCCCGAAGAUGAACCGUCUGAUGCUCCUGAAGAUGUAACGCCCAAGCCUAGUGAAGGGCAUGAUCCAUUUGAGGCACCUGAAGAUACAUCGUCCAAGGCUCCUGAAGCCGCAACACCGGAACCUCUUGCACGCGCUGACACUGAAGAACCUGAAGCCGAAGAUGCUAAUCCUGACAGCCCGACGUCUGGUGGAGCUGCAGCUGAGGGUGGACAGCCUUCUCAGGGGGGAAAGAAGAGAAGACGGAGAAAGAAGAACAAGGGAGCGCAAGGUGGCCCCAGUGGUGGUAGCUAACUAAGCAACUGGGCUUGGCGUGAAAAGUGCAGCAAAGGAGUGACGACUGUGUGUAAUUAUCUUUGGUCUAAGGAGGGCGUAUAUAUACCCAUAUGGUUCUGAUUUGAUGAGAUGCUACCAGAGCAAGGCCGCACUCUUUUGUAUGUCGUGGACUGAGCUUGGACAUGGGGACUUGGCCGAACAGGUGAUGAUGCUCAAUGUAUGAAUGACUUUGCGCGUUGCAUUUUUUAGGGAGGAGAACCGGAUGCUAUUUUUGACUUUAUUUAUCAUGAAAUUCUUUAUCAAGACCCAAAAAAUGUAGUUUAAAGUGACAUAACGCUUCAGGAUCAUAUCAACUCGUCCUGUGCUUCAUUCAACCGAGCACACCAGCUAAACGUUGACCAAUCUUUACUUCCGUUCCCUUCUCUCCCCAUUUUCAGUCUUCGCUGAGAGGCUCUUCUAACCCAUCACGGUUUGCGGGAG